AUGGAGGAUGAAGAUCCCAACCAACAGGAGCAUGAUGGCACCCCUUCUCAGAUGUCCCGACUCGAGGCAGAAGCCCGUGGCUACACCCUGUUUAGAGUCUCGGACAAAGAGUUCAUGAUCAAGGUGAGCAGGCGCCGGUGGGCGGUGGUCCUGGUGUUCAGCUGCUACUCGAUGUGCAACGCCUUCCAGUGGAUCCAGUACGCCGCCAUCAAUAACAUCUUCAUGAACUUCUACGGGGUCAGUUCCUUUGCCAUCGACUGGCUGUCCAUGUGCUACAUGGUGACCUACAUCCCUCUGCUCCUGCCAGUGGCCUGGCUCUCGGAAAAGUUCAGCCUGCGAACCAUCGCCCUCACUGGCUCCGCUCUCAACUGCCUGGGGGCCUGGGUGAAGCUCGGCAGCCUGCAGCCACAUCUCUUCCCAGUCACCAUGCUGGGCCAGGUCAUCUGCUCCGUGGCCCAGGUCUUCAUCCUGGGUAUGCCCUCCCCCAUUGCUUCCGUCUGGUUCGGAGAUGAUGAGGUAUCAACAGCCUGCUCCAUAGCUGUCCUCGGCAAUCAGCUUGGAAAUGCCCUUGGGUUCUUGGUCCCUGCUGUCUCAGUACCCAACAUCUACAACCCUGAUGAGCUUGCCUACCACAUCAGCAUCAUGUUCUACAUAACAGCAGGUGUGGCCACUCUGCUUUUCAUCCUUGUCAUCAUCGUGUUCAAAGAGAAGCCUAAACAUCCCCCCAGCAGGGCCCAGUGCCUGAGCUAUACCUUGGCGUCUACUGAUGCUUCGUACUUAAGUUCCAUCAUCCAACUCUUCAAAAACUUCAGCUUUGUGCUGCUAGUCAUCACCUAUGGUCUGAAUGCUGGUGCCUUUUAUGCCUUGUGUACCCUGCUGAAUCGCAUGGUGAUCUUCCAUUACACGGGGGAAGGUGUGAUAGUUGGAAGAAUCGGCCUGACCAUCGCUGUUGCAGGAAUGCUUGGGACUGUGAUCUCAAGCAUCUGGCUGGAUAGGACCAAAACCUACAAGGAGACCACCCUCGUACUCUACAUCAUGACUGUAGUGGGCAUGGUGGGAUACACAGGGACCUUGAACCUGGGACACCUGUGGAUAGUAUACAUCACUGCUGGCAUAAUUGGCUUCUCCAUAACCGGCUAUCUCACUCUGGGGUUUGAGUUUGCUGUGGAGCUGACAUACCCGGAAUCAGAAGUUGUGUCGUCUGGCCUCCUCAACGUGUCUGCCCAGGUAUUUGGGAUCAUCUUCACCAUCUCCCAGGGCCAGAUUAUCGACAACUAUGGAACCAUGCCUGGGAACAUCUUCCUGUGUGUCUUCCUGACCCUUGGGGCAGUGCUCACUGCAUUCAUUAAGGCAGAUCUCCGGAGGCAGAGGCUCCUGAGACUUGUUCCUGAAACAAAACCCUAG